AUGUCCAGCUUCUCCACAGCAGGCCGGAACUGGUCAAGGGUCUCAAAGAUCGUCGCCGAGGAUGUUCCAGAGGGUGAUUUUGCGCGAUGUGUUGCCGUUGAAGGGCCGAUCGCAGUCAGAGAAGAGGAAGAUGCGACGGACCGUGUACGGUUUGGUGAAACGUGGGGGGGCCACAAAGUUAGAGCGCGCGACCUGCAGCAUGCGGGCAAGUUGCUCCCCACAAUUAAUUUCCGGGUUCUCCUCGAGCACCUCGACAGAAGCCCCAUCGAACUGCUCUAUCGUCUGCAAUUGGUCGAUGCUGAUGUCCUGCAGCUCGAAGACGGGCAGCACGCCGUCGACCGACGCGUCCUUCUUGCUGCAGUUGAAGAUAAAGCACCCGAGCCCCGUGUUGGGCUGGGUCUUGACCAGGUCUCUAAUCAGCCCUCCCACACAGGACAUGAUCCUGGACACAUGGCUGCGCAGCGUGGGCGUCAGGUGCACCGCAAAAAUAAUGCCCUGGUGCAAAUCCUUCUCGUCGAAAUCAGAGCUCAUGGCAGAAACUGGCCCUCGUAUAAUUUUUUGCUGCAAUUUUUUCUAUUUUUCUUUAUCAUGGGUAAACUUUUAGAUCUCGUGCUCCACCCGGCCGAGUUGAAGGCCGUCGUGCAAUUGUAA